GCCUCAAAAGCUUCAAGGCGCUCAACAUCAACGCCGACGCCACCACUUCACAAAGGCCCGCCCUUCACCGCGAUCCAUAGAGAUCCGACUGAUAGAGGCCCUCUUUGUGUGUCUUUCGUCCCAUUCACACCCUAGCAUCCUCUUCUUCACUACGACGAUGCACCAGCAUUCUCCGGCAGUCUAAGCCUAAGCUUUGCAGCAUUCUCGUCCAUCCUCGUCCUCCACCUCUCCGACACAACGAUCGCACGUCGGGUCUGCCUGACCUGUCCGAGUAGGCUCGCACGAUGAGCGUCCCUGCGGGGCACCCGAGCUCUAGUAUCGUGCUGUCAGCGCCUGCUGUCCAUGGCCCCUUCCCAGAGGCCAUCACGACGCUCCUCAAUGGAUCUGCAGAGGACAGGGCCCAAGGGCUUGUCAGGCUCGAGGCAUUCAUCUUAGACCUCUUCACAUUCAAGUUCAGCAGGGCUUUCUUCAUCGCGCUGCUCACUGCAGCAUGCUUUCUUGCUCUGCUCGUCGUUGUAGGAUCCGUCGUCAUCAUGUAUCGCAUUUGGAAUGGCAAGUUCUGGGUUGUCCGCUUCAUGAGACGGUCUGAAGGCAUCUACGUCGUACCCAACGCCCUCAACGCCUUCACGCUGCUCGAGGGUUCUUUCGGUGCUCUCUGGUUCGCGUACGUAUGGGUCCUUAUCUAUGCGUACGGCAAAAAUCGCCCUGCCCUUCACCACAGCGCCGAUGCCUUCAACAUGCUUGUGUGGAUUCCCCUGUACCUCGGAGCCCUCUACGCCGCUGUAGGGUCCUUCUACACGGCGCCCGGAGCUCUUGACAGCGGUCGACUGCAGAAGCAAUGGGCCUUCCACCGUAUCAUUCGUCGACCCUGGAUAAUCAACUCCAUCUCCCUCGGCACGCCUCUUGUCCUUGCGGCCUGCCUCAUCCCCUGCGCCGUGUACGCCCAGAAUGCUCUCUCAAGGAAUUACGAACACUACCAAGCAUUUUCAGGACAGGUCCUCGCGGCCACCGCUGGAGGGACCGUCUCUGCGGCUCAGUCACAAGCUUUCCUCGAGCAGGCCAGCAACAUCUGGAACGACGUAGGCGAUGGGAAGCGCUGGUUGAGCAUCGGCUACGCCAUUUGGACUGCCUUUGCUGCCCUGCUGCUCCUCUUCUACAUUCCUGCGGGUGGCUACAUGCUCAAGCUCGUCAAUGCUCAGGCCCAGACGCAGCAUGAUCAGGUGCACAAGAUCGAGCGGCAGCAGGAGGAGAUGCUGGAGGCUGAGCGACUGCAAAGGGAAAAGGAACAGCGCGAAGCUACGGCGGGCGCGGCCAGUACAAGAGCCAGCCGCGUACGCCACGCCAACGACCCUCUCCUCUUUCAGCCGCUCGUUGAGCAACAAGCUCCUUCAGCUGACGGCGACGAGGACCUUGCAGAUGUCACGGACCCUGAUUCCCACAAGAACAGAAGCAGCUCUAUCGCUCUUACCUCGAGUGACUCUCCCGUCUCCCCUCAGCCAGACAUCCAUGCAUCUCGCGCCGCCUCCGGCCGUCCUCGCACCGCCAGCGAGUCUGGCCGCGACGACAGUAGCAGCCCCAGCGGCGGAGACGUCUUCUUUCCUCCUCUGCGCGCAGCUGUACGCAAGCGCGAACAGUUUCAACUCUCCAGUGAUGCCGCGCCCGUGACGCGAUGGAAGUAUCUGCGACGUUGCUUCCGCUCGUUGCUCAUCCUCUACGUCGGCAUUAUCGCAGCUGCAACCAUCUAUCUCGUCAUCGCGGCCCGCUUGGCGGUCAGCCUUUACGGCUCCUUCCUCGUUGGCCCAGACGCGGCAAGCUACGUUGUCGCUACUUCCCACCAGCCUACCGCAUGGACGGCCGUCUUCUUCGGCUCCUUGACCCUUGGCGCCGUCUUCUUCCGCUUCAUGGAUUCGCCGGUGGGGGAUCGCACCAUCUCUCGUAGGUCGCAGCAGUCGUCAGGCAGCGCAGCGGGUCGCGGCCGUGGCGAUGGUGCGGGAGCCAGGGGGAGGUCGAACCCUCGGCCUGGUGGAGAGGGGCAGGUGCUCUCUCGCUCCUUGCCCGCUGUGCCGGAGAGUGAAGGCGCUAUUCCGACUGUCAGUCAGCAGCUCCUCUCCCGUGACGGUGGCGCAGGUAUCGGCGGUCGCGCUGCACACCAAGCCAAGGAACCUCCUUCGCCCGGCAUGAAUUUCCAGCUGCGCAAGAGCCAACGCCGCCCGGAUGCCAUCGUCAUUAUGCCGGUGGGCAGUGAAACGACUUCAUACGCCAAUCCAGAGGACCAGACCAGAUCGACAAGAUCUGGUCGUGGGAUGGGCUUCGGUGGCGUCGGUGAAGAUUCGCAGACAACCUCGAAGCGAUCUUGGCGCGGUCUGAUGGGCAGGUAUGGCGGUCCCUCGAGGGGCCUGGCGCGGGGUGUCCCUGAGGAUGUCACGCAGGGCACCAUCAUGUCUCAAGAGAUGAGCAUGGGAGGUGGAGGAAGCAGUAGCCGGCCUGCCGAGUUUAUCAUGCUCGACGUUCCUGCUCUGGCCGCCUCCCAUGCGGCGGACGUUUCCUCCCCGCCAACAGAGUCGCAAGAGCUUCUGAGCUCCGACGCAGCUUCACUCACAUCACCAAGACAUACGGACCGACACUUCGUUGACACGGUCGCGCCAGCUCUCGGUCCUUCUGUGAAGCUCGACAGCCCACCGCGAUCCGGUACAGCCUCAGCAGUACCAUCACCCUUGCAAGCCAACGACCAGCGCAGCCGUCGCAUUUCACCCAUGGGCCUCGCGCAACCGAUCGUAGCUCAGUCCGCUGGCGUCUACCCAUCGCACACUAGUGGAUGGCCAGCGACGCCUAAUCUUUCUGGUCUGCCCGCCUCUGCCUCUUCCUCGUCAUCGUCAGGCGUACCGCGUGACAUGAUGUACCCUCCCUCAACACAAGUCUACGCGUUUGCCGGCGCAUCACCUUCGCGCGCGAACAGGCGUCUGCCAUUGCUGGAGCCUGCCAGCCCAACGAGGCAGCCCGGUGUGGUCCCUUCCUCGCCUACACAGCAGCGCACACCGAGGAGACAUGGGUCGCUGCAACGCGUCAACCCUGGCUCGCCUUCCUCGCCCUCUUUGGGAUCUUGGAGGACCAGGCUAGCUAAUGGAGAGCGACUGCCCCAGAGGCCCGACGCGCCCAGCCAACCUUUGCCGCCUUCCCCUGCCCAAGCUCCCCGGUCGCCCGUCGGUCUCGUAAGAGCAAAAGACGCGGAAGAAGACGAAAGCCUCAGCAGCGCGCGCGGCUGGCCGUACUUGAACAGCCCUUCGUACGCCGCUAGCCCACGUUACGCAGGGCAGGGUACUAAGAGCCCGUCUUCCUAUGACUUCUUCUGAUCCUUCCGCCACUCUGUACUAAUAGAUACCCAGUCUACGCUCAUUCCUUUACUACUACACUCACCGUCUUUUUAUAUACAUCUUGAUCCACUCACCCGGCAUUGUACCUCCAUCU